GAGAAGCCCCACAAGUGCUUGGAAUGUGGGAAGGGCUUCAGGUGGAACUCCAGCCUUAGGGUACAUGAGAGGAUUCACACUGGGGAAAAGCCCUAUGAGUGUGGGGAAUGUGGGAAGGGCUUCAGUCGGAGCUCCCACCUGAUCCAGCACCAGGUGGUCCACACCCGGGAACAGCCCUAUGGGUGUAGGGAAUGUGGGAAGAAAUUCAAGCAGAACUCCACCCUGAGGGUACACCAGCGCACCCACACUGGGGAGAGGCCCUAUGAGUGUUCUGAGUGUGGGAAGAGGUUUCACAGGAGCUCCGAUCUCCUCGUACAUCAGCGCAUUCACACGGAUGAGAGGCCCUUCUGCUGCUCCGACUGUGGGAACGGCUUCAAACGCAACUCCAACCUCAUCAGCCACCAGCGCAUCCACACCAGGGAGAGGCCCUAUGAGUGUGGGGAGUGUGGGAAGAGCUUCUCACACAGCUCUAACUUGACCAAACACCACCGGAGCCAAAUGGUGAUGGAUUGGGGCAAGGACCAAGAUUUUUGA